UUUAGCAACCCUAUUGACAACUCAAUCAAAUAUUAACCCUGUUUGGAUGUUGAGUUGGUCACAGUUGACAAAAGACACAUGGGCCCUAAGGGUAUACAUUUAAGCAUUGCCAUGGAUUGACAACAUACCUUGUCUUGGACACAGACACUGAACAGAUACUUCACUGAGAACUCACCACAGAAGACAUUAAGUAUUGUGUUCUCCUGAUGAUGAUCCAUCUACUGAUGGUGCAACUGCCUCAAUUUGUAAAAGCAUUACAAGAAAAUGGGUGUGCAGCAGCUCCAGUAGUUGCCACAACAUAUUUAAACAGUUUGGAGAGGCUGAGAAACACGUCUAGUUAUGUUGCCAGAAGAUGUAAGGAAAUAAGGGACAGAUAUGAUCAACAUGAAGAUGGGCUGUACUACCUGACUACAACCAGCGGGACGGUCUACCAGACCGUCUGCGACAUGACCACCACUGGCGGCGGCUGGACUCUUCUGGCGAGCGUGCACGAGAACAACAUGUAUGGGAAGUGCACGAUGGGCGACCGUUGGUCCAGCCAGCAAGGCAGCAACCCCAACUGGCCAGACGGAGAUGGGAACUGGGCCAACAGGGCCAGUUUUGGAACUGCAGAGGGCGCCACCUCGGACGACUUCAAGAAUCCUGGGUAUUAUGACAUUGUGGCAGAAGACAUGUCGGUGUGGCACGUUCCCAACAACUCCCCUAUGGAACACUGGAACCUAGCCGCCAUCCUCCGCUACCACACUGAGAGACGCUUCCUUGCAGAAGGGGGAAAUCUGCAUCAACUCUUUAAGCUCUACCCAGUGAGAUAUAAUGCUGGGGCAAGUGGGACCACAGGACUUGUCAUUCCAAUCGUGUACGACUUUGGGGAUAAAGAAACCACAAUAACAUUUUACGGACCCAACACAAGAAACCAGUUUGAGCCUGGCUUCAUCACUUUCAGGCCAAUAAAUAAUGUACAGACAGCCAUGGCUAUCUGCUCUGGGGUCAAACCAAGAAAUGGCAGCGACACUGAACAUUACUUUAUUGGUGGUGGUGGACAUUUCCCUGAGGCAGCGCCUCGUCAGUGUGGUGACUUCCCGGCCUUUGACUGGAAUGGCUAUGGAACCAACAGUGUAUCAAAGGAGAUUACUGAAGCAGCUGUGUUACUCUUCUACCAUUAAAAUUCUUCCUAUUGAUUAUCAAUGCAAUAUAUUACUCUAAUUCGAUUAUUUAAAAAAAAAA